AUGCUAACAGAAAACGAUGAACAAACACCGAUAGGAGAAAAGCAUGGAGAAUUGAAAGAUGAUGAUUCCCCUAUCACCCUUUUCUUACAAAAAUUAAGCUCCAAAUUACCCCAAAAAUCAAGCGUCUUUGAUCGAGUUCGUGAAGUGAUCGAUCAAAAAGAACCCUAUUACGAACCAUGGCCUGAAGAUAAGAUGAAAAUGUGCUUCUUGAUUAGAAAUAAGAAAUUAUUGCCAGGUGGAACCAAAGACAGGAAAUUUUUUACGCAAUAUUUAGGGCCAAAUUUUUGUUUUAAUCAAAUGUAUAAAAGCUGGGAAGUAACCAAAGGAUACGAUUCUUGGCGUGACAGAAAUCUAGAAUAUGAAGGUGACGAUCUUGGUUUAUCUCAAGAGCAUCUCUUAGAUUUUAAAUCAGCAUUAAGGCAAGAGUACCUUAAUAACUAUAAUUCCAGCCGGUUAUCUUCAAUAAGUGUUACAACGGAAUCAGAAUCGACAUCAUCAACCGAGUUUGUGCCACCUCUUAAUGAGGUAGAGGAGACUACCUUAGCUCGUGCCUCAACAAGACGCAAUAAUUCUUCUCAGGCGCAAUCCAGAGCUGCCAAAAGAUCAAGAAUAGAAUCUUCAGGAGUACACCAGAAGGAGACAACAUCGACUGCAGGUUUCAACCAAUUUGAUCGGAUUAAAGCCAAAUCGAAGAAAUUAGUAACAGUGCCCAUGGAACGUGUAUAG